AUGAAAAAAUUUGAUGCCGUUGCUCAUUACACCGCUAAGUUACCCAAAGCGCUCUCAAAAUCACCGGUGCUCCACCUCACCUCCAAAAAACCUGUGAGCACCAAGUUAACAGCCUUGAAAAGGCGUAGCAUAAACAACCACUCGAUACAAGCACUGCAAAACUCAUUCGUGCGCGCCAUGGAACACACAGCCAAUGUUACCAGUGCCUUGCGUGUCGUUGAUCUGACCGGGGCCCGCUUGCGUGCUGGCGUGCUUAGCGGCACCGUGGUUGGUGAAAGCAGAAGCGCACUUCUGAUGGUGUGCGGGGGUGUGUGCAAGAUUAUUGGCAAGAAGGGGAGAGUCUUCCGUUUCGAAUGGAAGGGCACGAAUUAUUUCCUUGUAGGAGAUUUGAUGGAUAGCAACAGGAUUGCUAAGAAGUGA